UUUGUGUGUGUGUGAUCUGUUUUUAGAAUAAUGUCGACAUUGCCAACAACGAUGAUGAUGACGACGACGACAACAACAUCAUCAUCAUUGGAUACGGUUAUUGCAUCACGCGUUCAAGCAUCACCAUCAUCAUCAGCUAAUAGAAUAAAUAAUAGAAACAAUAAUGAAAAAAUGGUUCGUAAAGUUCGUCCAAAGAGUUGUUUUGUGAUAGGUGUGGCCGAUGAUUAUAAUGAUGAUGAUGAUGGUUGUGGUGGUGGUGGUGGUGGUGGUGGUGGCAAUAAUUUUGUUGCUGAUGGUAGUAAUGCCACAAUUAGUAUUAGUGAACGUUUAGCAAAAUUAAAACAGAAUGGUGAAAAUGGAUGGCGACAACGAAUUGUUCAUCGUGAUCAUCGACAAUCAACAACGACAACGACAAAGUCAAUGUUGACGGCAACAAAUAGUUUAAGAUUGGAUAAUAAUAAUACAAACGAAUCAAAGAUUGCUAAUCGUUUAUCAGCAUUGAUGGAUUCACAAUCACAAUGGCGUUCACGAGUGCCGGAAAAGGAUGCACAAAAAUUUACGGUUGCAUCGAAAUUACAACAACACAGCAACAAUACAACACCGACGACUAAUGAUGAUAAAGGAAUGGAUAAAGUUGUAUUACGUGAAACACCAAAACGUCAUGGUCUACGUGGAUCAACAUUAAGUGAACGAAAACUUGGUGCCAUUAGUUCAAAAUUGAACACAGUAUUGGGUAAAGAUAAAAAUCCAUUUUCUGGCCCAUCACCAUUACGAUCACCGAAACCGAUGGAAAAAACCAAAUCCAAUGACGAUGGGGAUGGUGAUGAUAAAAAUGAUCAACCACCACCACCACCAGAACAACAAUGUGAACGAUCCAUUAUUAUAACGAAAAAGACAACCAAACCAGAAUCGAUCACCAUUCUAAAACCAGAUGAUGAAGAAAGUUUUGGUUCAUUCUAUGGUUUCAAUGCAAAUACUAUGGAUGAAUUAUUGAAACCAUCAUCAUCAUCAUCAUCAACAACAACAACAUUACAAUCAUCAUCAUCAGAUAAUGAACAGUCACAUAGUUUAUCAACACUAGAUACUACUACAACAUCGUCGAUAAAAUUACUAUCGGAGAGUAAAAAAACACGUGUUCAAGCACCAAAACGAAGGCGGCAAGCAAAGGAAAAAAAUCCAUUAGCACGAACAUUGAUUGCUAUUGAUUCAUAUCAAACAUCAUCCAACAACAAUGAUAUACCAACAUCAAAUGAAACUAAUCAUAUGGAUGAUGUAAAGAUUUCAUCGACAACGAUCUCAUCAUCAUCAUCAUCAUCAACACCGCAAACACCAAGUACUCCGACAACAACAACGACGACGAUAACGAAAGAUGAUUCAAAAUUUGCAUUAUCUGCAUUGGCCGGUUUGGCUAGUGUUGAAGAUUUUAAAUCCGUUGCAAAUAAACUUCGUAGUAAUAAUGCUGUUGUACGUAAUGAUUCAUGGCGUACAAUGGAUUUAAAAAAUUCAUUACAAUCAAAAAUGUUGAUACAAAUAAAAGGCCGUAGAAAAGCUCAAACACGUUUAAUUGAACCACGAUGGCAAUCAUUGAAUCAAAUGGAUAGUUUUAUUCUUGUUACAAAGAAUGAAAUUAUUGCCUAUAUUGGCCGAUACUCAAACAUUAUUGAACGUACUAAAUGUAUGGAAAUUGCCGAUUUAAUUCGUAAACGUAAAGAUCUUUGUUUUCGUUCAUCAUCCAAUGGUGUUGUACGAUUGUUGGAUUGUCAAAAUGAUAUUACAACAAAUCUAUCGAUGAAUAAUGCGUUACUUGUGGAAAAAUUACUACCACUACUACAGGAAUUGAAUUUUAUCCAAGAAAAUGAUUUUGAUGAAUUUGAAAAAUCCAUUUGCUCACCAAUAAUGGAUUUGGAUCUGGAUGAAGAUGAUGAAUUUUAUGAAGAAUUUAUUAAUCAUAGUAAUCUUGUAUAUCAAGUUUUGUAUGAUGAAAAAUCCGAUUCAGAUAAAGCUGAAUUAUUACCAUUGGAAAAUAAUUGUGGCCGUCAACCACGACAUGCUAUACUGCAGCCAGAUAAAGCAUUAGUAUUUGAUUUUGGUAGCGAAAUGUAUGUUUGGCUGGGUAAAACCGUAUCCAAUGCCAUACGUAAAAAAGCUGUUGAAGCAGCCAAAGAUUUAUGGUAUCAAGGUUAUGAUUAUACUGAAUUUGAUUGUUGUCCAUUGGGCAAUGGCAACAAUACGACAAUAAUCAAAUCUGAUCGACGUCCAGAUUGGACAUGGUUCAUACGUGUCAAUCAAAAUAUGGAACCUAUUUUAUUCAAAGAUAAAUUCUUCAAUUGGCCAGCAUUUACAUUGACACGUGCAGAAAAGAAAUAUCAGCCAAGAAAAUCAUCGUUUUCGGCGAUAACAACAUCGACCAUUGAACCAAAGAAACAUAAAUGUUGUAAAAAAGAUCUUUCAGCUGAAUUGAAUCUAUUUCCAGUGGAUGUUGAUGCCGAUAUGAUUCAUAAUGUACCAAAAGAACAUGAACUUAUAUUGGAAUGUAUAUCAUUAGGACGUGGUGCUGGUGACACUAUUCGCGAUGAAGAUGGUUUGCCAGUAAAAGUCCUUACAUUGGAUGUUCAAUGUUUUUUCAUCGAUGAAUAUGGUGAUCGUAUUGAAUUGAAUGAAAUGGAUAGAAAUUUUUUAUGUAGUUCAGAAUCUUAUUACAUCAGAUGGAAAUAUCGUCUUGCACGUAUAAGUAGAUGUUUGAAAACUGGUGGUGAAUCUCGUUAUUCUGUCGAACAACAUGGUGGCCGUGAUCGUGUCUGUUAUUUUGUUUGGCAAGGUAAAGAUGCUCGUAAUACACAACGUGGUAUAACGGCAUUGAAUGCAAUCGAAAAACUUCGUGUUGAAGGUGCCUCACAAACCUAUGUUGAACAUGGACACGAAGAUCCGAUAUUUUUACGAAUAUUUCAAGGUUCAUUGGUCAUACAGAGUGGUAAACGACGACGACAAAAUCAUCCAAUGAACGAAUUAAGCAAUCGAUAUCGAAUGUUCAUGUUACAGGAUACAUUACCUGAAGAACAAUUUAUGAUUGAAUUAGAAUGUAGUUUUAAAAAUCUUCGUAGCCGCAUUUCAUACCUGUUCGUGAAUCCGGGCCAUUCAUCAAAAGUUUAUUUAUGGCAUGGAUGUAAAACCACCGGCGCAAAACGUCAAGAAAUACGUACAUUUUUUCAUAAAAAUAUACUUGAAAAUCGAUCUCAAGAAUUUGGAUUUCCAGUCAACGAUCCAAUCACGGUGUAUCAGCUGAUUGAUGUGGAUGAAGCUCAUGAAAGUCGAGAAUUUAUGAACAUUUUUCAACAACAAAAUCAACAACAGAUUAGAUCACCAGAUUCAACGUUGACACGGCGACAAUCUAAAUCGAAUUUACAUCGUGAUGUUUAUUUUUCACUAAUCGAUGAUCAACGUUCAUAUUGUUUUACACCACGUUUAUUUCAUUUUCAAACAUCAUCGGAUCGAAUAUUUGAAGCAACGGAAAUAACCACAUCAUAUUAUUCAUCACCGAAAUCAUCAUCAUCGUCGUCGAUGAUCAUCGUUAAUUAUCCAUUUGUACAGGAUGAUAUUUAUGAACGAGCCAAAACAAAGCCAACAUUUUUUCUUUUCGAUGCUGAAUAUGAAGUUUAUCUUUGGGAAUCGAAAUAUCCAUUUUUUAUUAGCUCUAAUCAUGCCACUUUGGUCAAAGAUGACCAACAACAACAACAACAACAACAGCAACAGAAACGAAAAAAAUCAAUUGAUGAUGAUGAUGAAAGAAAACAAAUGCCAAAAAUGAUUGAUAUUGAAGAAGAAAUUCAAUCAGAAUGUAAUAUGACUACGGGUUUUGCUACACAACUUUGGCUUGCCGAACGUAAAUGUGCAUUGGAAACUACACUUGCAUAUUGUCAUGCAAAAAAUUCUGCCGAACCACCGAAAUCAUAUGUAAUAUCAGCCGGACUGGAACCGGAUUCAUUUUGCGGCCUAUUUCCAACAUGGACCUAUUAUGAUAAUGUUGCCAAAUUACAUAUUCAGGAUGGACGAAAACCAGGCGAACAGAUACUGGUACAAGAAGUUCUGUCACAAAUGGAAGAUAUCAAUCAAUCCACAUAUGGUUACGAUGAAUUAAAACGACGUCCAUUGCCUGAAGGUAUCAAUAUUCUUUGUUUGGAAUCCUAUUUGGAUGAUGAAGAAUUUGAGAAAGUAUUCGCCAUGAAUCGUGAAGAAUUUUGUUCAUUACCAACAUGGAAACAGAAAUUAAUCAAACAGGACAAGGAAUUAUUUUAAUUGCGAUUUAAUUGAUUUGAAUUGAAACAUUUUUUUUAAACAUAUGCUUUUACGAUU